UAAAUUAAUUUUUAGGUCAUUUUACAAAGACCAUGUGUGCCUAUGAUAUCUUUAAGAGCACUUAUUUGGUAUGAGUAUGUAGGUAUAUUGUCCCUAUGUGUUGUUGUACUGGAUGCCACAGAAUGUCAUUGCACUGUAAAACAAAUGGUUACAAUAAUGUUACCUAACCUAACCUAAUAUUCUUAUGACAGGAAAUGAUGAAAGGAAAUGAUAAUGGGGAAGUUUUGUAGCUGAAUUGCUUACAUUUUAAGAAUUUUAACUAUUAUACUGUAUAUCUCAAAAUUAUCUACCGCCUCAAGAUGCCCGAAAAUAUUUACAGUAAUACGCAGCACAACAACUAUCAACAAGUAACAGACGAUGAGUAUAAGAUACAUUCGAUACAUUCGAGAGGUGCUCGCUGUAUUGUAGUUCUCGCUGUCCUCCUCUCCUUGUCUUUGCUGGUUAAUGCAGUGUUGGGAUACAAGUAUCAUAACACUGACACAAAUCAGGGAUGUGAACUAAUAACCAACUUAUUAAGUCCAGUGUCCAACACACAAACGACUAAAGAAGUCAACAAGCCACCAGUGAGCUGUUCAGAUAAGGAUUUGCUGGGUAAAUGGGUUCUGAACAAGGACAGGUUUUAUGUUUUCCAUGAUGAAAUAAGGAACUGGACCGACAGUAGAGACCACUGUCAGGCCCUGCAGGGAGACCUGGUCACUAUUAAAAGCAAAGAGGAACAGGAUUUUCUUGCUCAACAAAUAGUCAAGCUCAAUGCACCUGCACUACACUGGAUUGGCCUGACUGACAGCCACACUGAGGGUGUAUGGCUUUGGGUGGACAACACCUCAUUAAACGACAACUUCUCGUGGUGGACCUUCCCUCCUGAUAACCAUGCUGGAGGUGAUCCUUCUGGUGAAGACUGUGCUGUAGUAAAUGGAUUAUCAAAUGAAAAGAAAUGGGGAGACAUUUCUUGCUUAAGCAAGCAGAGAAGCAUUUGCGAGAUUCCAUGUUAUUGAAGAAUAAUGUAAUCAUGAUAGUUUUCAUGGUCCCAGCAGUGAUACGUUUAUGACUGUAUAAUAAUGUAAUUAAAGUCAUUUACAGGUGUGGAGAAAAUUAUCAUGAAUUCAUUAAUUUUUCGAAUUUUUAUCAUUCUUUUUUUUGCUUUACAAUAACAGAAAGAUUGUUUUUGCAAAUGCUUGUGACAGGAAACGUGACCUGCUCUGAGAAAUAAGCAGACAUGGAUGAGGAUUAACUGAUAUAUACUGUGUGAAUAUAAUGAAAUAUUAUGCUUUUGUAAUAAGCAUAUUACAAAAUAUAUAUUACAUAUACUCCAAAUGCUGUUUAAAAGAUACAACUAGGCUGAUGGAUAAGAUUUUAGCAUUAUAAAGAUCGUAUAAUUAAAAAAUAUAAAUCUUUGUCAUUAAAGGAAGUACUUAAACAUAAUAAUGAUAUGAAAUAGUAUGAUAUAUGUCCAUACACUUUUUCAGCAUUAAAUAUUUUAUUUGUCUGUGUGUGCACAAUGUCUGAACAAUAAUAUGGUAAAAAACUC